UUAUUUCGAAAGGACCCAUCCUGAGGAUCCGGUAUUACGUGGGAUAAAUAGGAACCUGUGAGUCGAGGGCAUCAAAAGGAUUAUCGACAGAUUGAAAGACGGGACGAAUUUGGAAGAGUCGCAUUGGGUAUGUCUGACGUCAACAAUCGAAAUGGUCCGCAGAAUCAGAGUACAAGGAAAGAGACAUGGCAAGGAGAAGUUGACAAGACACAAAUUCCUGGGCCUUGCCAGAACACCAAACUUGAACUCAAUAUGCUCAGUAAAGAUGGGGCAAAACUAGAAAUAACCCGGUGCACGAUCAGGCUGGAUAAUGCAUCCAGCACUCCGAGAAGUAAAACCUUCCCAUCCCCUCUUCUGCUUAUCCUAGGAUAGUAUGUUAAACCUCUUGGGCUAAACAAGAUUUGGGACAUUCGAAUUAUGUUCAACCUCUCAAUUUUGAGUGUAGGAAAUGGCUCAUGAACCUUUGUCAUUGUUUAUUACGCAUUCAUCCAUCAUAAACACUGUGACACACCGCCACUGCCUCAUCUACCCGACUUGGAAGAUAGGUGGAUAUUUGGCGGCGACGCAGUCAAUUAGAAGGAUUGUAUUGAGUUCGUUCUAUAUAUAGUCUUGAUGAGCAGUAGCAUCACAAAAUCAUUCGGUGAGACUGGUACGAAUGAAAGAUCAGGCUGAAUCCGAUUUCUGCAGGCCACAUCGGCUUACCUGAUAUCCCCGAUACCACUAAAUCUCAAUAUCUUACCGUUUCAUUUCAAUUUUUGAAGUGAUAUUCAUCUUUGAAGCUUCACAUAAUGAUUUUGUAAGACAAGCAUAGAACCCGUCUCCAUCAUCGGACUCGUCGGCUCUAUCGCUGGAAUCAGCAAUAUUAUAGGAAAAGCUUCGGGUCGUCUCAUCAAACUUCAAUCAAAAUUCAGCGACUCUAGUGUUACGAUCAGUCUUUUGAUUGGACAGUUGACCAUCGUCAAAGCUGCGUUGGAUCAAAUCAGCCCCCUGUUGAAGUCAAACUAUGCGAAGAAACCUCAACACGAGCAGCUAGUUUUAGAUCUCCAGAUAUAUUUGGAUGGCUGCAAGCUCUUGAUUCAGGUCAUCGAGGAGCGGAUCAUACACCUCAGCCGAGAUGAAAGUGGGAAAGAGUUGAACCUCAAAGGGAAAAUAGAAUUUCUGUGGAUGGAAUCGGAACUGAAUGGUUUUACCACUCUGCUGAAUAACCAAACCACUGCAUUGAAUCUUCUUGUUUCAGUGCUACAUUGGUAGUUACUAUUCUUCCAUUUUAUUCAAGUGGUACUAACAAAACGAUAGUCGAACCGCAAUUGAACGUAACUCACUUCUGGGGAAAGAUGGAAGUCGUCGUGUCAUUGAGCGGGUUAGAAUUAGCCAAAUUUCUCUGCUUUCCUUCAGAGAUUCGCAGUCUUUUCUCUUGAAUUCGGAAAAUUCGGAUCUAUCGGAUACGGAUUUCGACUUUGAUGAUGAGGUUGUUACGACAGCUGUAUAUCGAGCAGCUCUGAGGUCCAAUAUAAAGACUGCUUUGAUAAACGGUCGUCAGCCAUACUCGAAGGUUAAUCCGCCAAUUUCCAUUAAUGUGGAACAUCGAUCCGAGAAAGUAUCGUCAUUCGAAUACAGCGCAACGAACAAGAACUCCCGAAUCUUUCAUGGAGAGCAGGUUGUAUCGAAGGCCGUAACGUGCACUACUCCACCACCGACUAUCGGCUUGGCUAUCAACAAAAAAGAAGGAGAUGGCAUUGAAGAAGCAAACAUCUCCAAUUCGCAAUCUAGUUAUUUCAGCAAUGACACGAAUAAGAGAAACUCGGUACGAAAAAUAAUUGUAAGAAACAUAACCAGCCACCGUUCAAGUUUACAGCUUGGUCCCACGAACCCUCUCGGAACAACAAGCAUAUCUUCCGACAUCUUCCAAUACCGAGGGAGUGUCUCUAACCAGAACCUCAUGAACCGCUAUAUUGAGCCGCUACAUCCUUUGACCAGUUCCCGUUUCAACAUCGCUUUGUUUGGAAGCAGUGAUAGCGGCAAGUCCACUAUUUUCAACUCAAUCAGGGCGUUGUCUAGUGGAGGCUGGGAUACGAACGAACGUAUGCGUUGGAAAGAUAAAGUUCUCCGUAACAUCAUUGAGAGAGUGGCUGGUAUUCUAGAUACUCUUGGAGAAUUGCGGAUAACACUAUCCUUCGUUCAAACACUGCUAAGAAGCUUCAUAACGGUCAAAAACGCCCACAAUGAUUUGGAAAGUAUGUUGACUCAAAAGGACUUUUUCAGGAACGUAUUUGAGGCUGUGUACUUUCUCUGGUCACAAACCGCAGUCCGAGAAGUAUUUGAAGCAGAGUAUCAAUUCGAUGACGGCGCUUCGUAGUAAGUUUUGAUCGGAUGAUUUGGGGCUCGGCUAAAUUCUUAUUUUGAAAAGUGUCUUCAGCUCUGCAAAACGAUUCGGCGACCCCAACGAUGUUCCUAGCAACGAAGACAUCUUUAUCACUCGUCUGCACCCUGUUGGCGUUUACACUAUACCACUAUCAGCCGCAUCUCUGGAAUUCAGGUUGACAGACGCCGGCUGCGGGAAAAAAGAAACCGGUGAAUUAAAACAGAUGUUCCGGGGUAUAAAAAUCAUUGUUCUAGUUGUUGAUAUUUCCGCGGACGGCAGUCCCUUCUGGUACGAGAGUCUGCUGAACUUUGAAGCUCUUACUGCGAUGACGUCCGAUGAAUUAAGGUGCGCAAAGAUCCUUUUAGUAUUCACGAAAUUGGAAAUACUAGAGAAGAAGAUUCGGAAGAUCCCAUUUCAGACUUGGCAUCCUGA